UUAAAUUAUUAUCGCAGUAGACGAUACUAGAUGCUUUGGAUUUGGUGAUUAUACUUUGUAUUUCUAAAAAUCAACUUGGAAAAAUGUAAUAAGUGUGUAUAAUAAGAGGAUGCUCGUCGUUAAUUUUCCUGUUCGUUGGAUCGGUUUCGUAAUAACGAUUCUCAUCGCAUAAAUGAAUUUUCCCACUUCUGAAGGUACAUUCCGCACUAAACAUAUUGCGGUUGAACAUACCGUGUGUCUACGGCGGUGGUGUUACGCUUUCUUAUCGUCACCUGUACAUUUGACAUACUAAAUUGAAUGAAGGAAAGCCUAUCCAACGUCUUGGUGAAGUUGAAGUAAUUUAAAAUGUCGAAAAAUCCAUCGGAUAGCUCUGGAGUCUGGCGGCAAUAUGUUGCAGCAUCAAUCAUAAACAUAGCAGGAAUUUCCACGGGUAUGUCAAUCGGAUGGACAUCACCAAUUAUUCCUCAGUUGGAAGCUGCCAAUACACCAGUGGGUACCGAACCAAUGACCAAGGAUCAGAUAUCCUGGUUGACAUCAAUAUUUUGUAUAGCAGCAUUAAUAAUUUCACCAUUGUGCAGCAGUUUUUCGGAAAAAUUUGGAAGAAAGCGACUCGGUUGUUUAAUAGCAAUUCCCCUGGGUCUGAGCUGGCUCUUGACAAUCCUCGCGCCAGAUUUCACAUGUCUACUUGUCGCGAGGAUUCUCACGGGUGUGGGCGGUGGCAUGACAAUUUUCCUAGUUCCCAUCUAUGUCGCUGAGAUAGCAAGUGAUGAUGUUAGAGGAAGACUCGGGAGUUUCCUCCUGUUUGCAUUGAGCAUCGGAAUUCUUCUGAGUUUUAUUCUGGGAGUUGUCAUGACCUAUCAGAUGUUUGCAAUAUGCGGAAUAAUUCUACCGAUAGUCUUCAUCAGUGCCUUUGUAUUCAUGCCAGAGACGCCGGUCUGGUUGCUGAGGAAAUGUCGCUAUGAGGAAGCCACGAGGUCCCUCAUGUGGCUCAGGAACAAUGACAAAGGAACGGUGGAUCGAGAACUUGAUCGGUUGAAGAAAAUCAUUGAAGAGGAUUCAAAAUCUGCUAGGUCGGUGGGCUUCAGGGACCUUGUGCGAGACCGAGGAACCAUCAAGGGCUCUCUCAUCGCAUUUGCCCUUCUACCGGGGCAACAGGCGUGCGGCAAUUCUGUCGUUUUUACAUAUAGCGCGACGAUAUUCCAGCUGGCGGGAUCAUCAUUGAGCCCAAAUAGCUCAGCUAUAGCCCUCGGUGUAAUGCAAUUGAUUGCGUCGUUCUUGUCAACAGCGACGAUUGAACGUGUUGGAAGACGCUUUCUCCUCUUGAUAUCCUGUGGUGGAAUGGCCAUUUGUCACGGUCUUCUGGGAUUAUUUUUCCUAUUCCAAGCUUUGGAUUAUGAUAUGUCAAUCGUCCGCUGGGCGCCAGUCAUCGUUCUAUGUUUCUUCACAACCCUUUACUCUAUUGGUUUGGGCCCAGUGGCAUUUGUUGUAGCAUCGGAAGUACUGAGUUCUGAAGUAGCUGCAUUUGCUAAUUCCCUAGCUAUGACGGCUACAUGGAUUGUUUUCUUCACUGUCAUCAAGGGCUUUCCAUUGGUUAGUAGUUUAAUUGGAAGCUACGGAUGCUUUUUUAUAUUCGCAUUGUGCUGCACAAGUACAUUUUUAAUUACGUACUUUCUCGUUCCGGAGACCAAAGGAAGGUCGAUUGAAUCCAUACUCAGAGAACUCAACGGUCCCCAGAAAAAGUCAGAAGGGAAUUCAACAGGGAAUAGAAAUUCUAUGGAAAUUUACUAGGCACUGUUGUAUAUAGCGAUAUUUAUAGUCGCGUAGAGGAGGAAGACACAACAAGUAACUCAGGGAUAUCCGUGAAUAGCGUGACACGAUUUUUUUUCAAAUGUUAGAAAUACUGAGAGCACACUUUUUGAUAAUUUAAGAGCAACAUUGGAAUUGCUGAAUAUGUCUCAUAGUUUUUACUUCAGCCGAUUUCUGAAUGAUUAAAAGACAGUUGCGAAAGGACUUUCGCACGCUCGUGUAAUUAUGUCAAUUGUGAUCAACUGUGUUCAAGUCAAUAAACUCUAUUAUCCAGAGA